UGGUUGGUGCAACAUGUGAGCGGGGAAGCCCCGCUUUGAAAUGUGCUUUCUGGCAAAGCUCAGAAGUGUUAUCAUAAUAAUCACAAUGUAUGGGAUCCGGGGAUUGACCACGAAGUUUGAGUCACUCUCUGUCGAAUAAUGGUGGGGCUAAAGGUGUCGGAGGUGUUGAGGCAUUAGGUUUAAUAAACAUUGAGUAAUGGCUGAAUAGUUUUCGUUGCGACUGACAUGUUACAGAUUUUGACACUACGUGUUUUGACGUCAAGUUCGUUGUGUCUGUAAAACAUUUUUUCCCUUCACACAUUUUCAUUGCUGCCUGUAGGAAGUUAUUGUUGACAGAUACUAUGCCUUUAGGAAGUGUCCUGCAGUUCCCCUUGCUGAGUCUAAAUGAGUUCGAUGAACCAUAUCCUGUACGGGAAGAUUCCAGUAAUUAUAUGGCAUACAAUUGGACGGGAGACGAAACAAAUUCCUGGGAAAACAGCGAGAGCUGUGAGCAUUUUGUACCCUCCACAGCUCUUCACAAGACAUUAUCCUUUCAGUUUCUACCAAGUGAUUUUAUAAAUGCAGAAUGGAAAACGAAGACCGUGAAACAGUGGGAGUCAAAUGACAUCAUGUGCUGGAUAAUUUCAGUUGCAGAUGAAAAUGACCUGCACUCUGAAGAGAUUUGUAUUUCACAGUUCAAUGAUAUAGAUGGAACAACUCUGUGCAACCUGUCCGAAGCAGAUUUUAUGUCCCGAGAACCACGGUAUGGGAAACUUCUUUUCAGUAGUUUGCAACAGCAGUUGAAACAGGAACAGGAGCAGCAGAUGGGUAAUAUAAACAAAUUGCCUCCAGUUUCCACAAUUAAGCCCGAGGAUGGAGUCUAUUGUCCAUUUCUCUUGAAUCUGAACCCAGCAAGCACACGCACCAGUGAAAGUCACCAAUCCUCAGACGAAUCCGAAGGUGGAAUGAAUGUUUCAGUACCAAAUGUACCAACAAAGAGACCACCAGGACGGCCUCGCAUAGCUGGACGUAGGAGUAAGAAACCAGAAAAGAAGACUGGAAGGUUAUGGGAAUUUAUUAGGGAUUUGCUUCUGAAUCGAGACUACUGUCCAAGCUUAAUUUGUUGGGAAAACUAUGAAGAAGGUGUUUUUAGAUUUGUGCGUAGUGAGAAGGUUGCGAAACUGUGGGGUUCACGCAAAGAUAACCCUAAAAUGACAUACGAGAAGCUCAGCCGUGCGAUGAGGUACUACUACAGAAGCAAAGUAUUGUUGCCUGUUUUGGGCCGGAGGCUGGUGUACAAAUUUGGACCAUCCGCAACAGGGUGGCACACACAAAACCCAAACUUCAGGGUGUAAAUGACUUGACAGUGAUAUAUUUCUGUGCUCAUUUCAUUAUGGGUAGUACUGAAAAAUUAUGUGAUUUGAACUUCGCUUAAAAAUGGAAACUAAGUUUAUUUGGAUGCGAUGGAGUGGCUGUAUGGGAAGUCUGUUGGCAAAGCAAGUAAUUAUAAGACACUGAAUUGCUGGAAGUCACAAAGGGACACUUUGUGCUAUAAUUUUAGGGCUUCAUGGCUGAAUGUAACCUGUUUUUCUCCCUUAACAGAAGAAGAUCAAGAUAAUUCAUUAAUGGUAAUAUGCUACAGACAGCAUACUAUUGAGAGCACUUAAAUUUAUAGUAUGUGUGUAUCCGGACUUAGUGGAAUUGAAGGUUUUAAGUACAAGUGGAUCAACAGCGUUCUCAGAUUAUGGUCUGCUACAUGCAGCAUACAGCACAAAUCCAAAUGAAGUGCAGUUUUGUGAAAUAUUCUCAGGUUGUUGAUUAGUAGUCCUCAGAAAGUGUUAGUCAAAAGCAACAUAAGACACCAGUCAAUAAAAAUGCCAUGAAGUUGUAACUUUGUAUAUGAGCAUGAAAGUUAUGUUGGCAAUUUAUUUAAAACUGGGUAUGGAUAGUCAAAAGUAACUCAUGUAACAGAAGCUCUUUUUGCCCACGUAUGUAUUAAAAAUAUCUAUCAACGGUUUAUCAAAAAUUAAAUGAAUUCCAUGUUAUAGAUGAUGCGUAAUCAUUUCAUAAUAAUAUUUGUCUUCAUUAUCCUCACAAAAUUAGUUUAUAUGAAACGUGGAAAAAAUUUGACCAUUCAGUGUCAACAGAGCAGUAUGUAAUGCUGUGGAUUAAAUAACGCUUUGUUUCUAUUGUCCUGGUAAUUUUUGAUGCAGUUAACAGUAUUGAGUGGUGGUUUCAGAACAUUAUAACUGUGUAGUAUCAGAGGUUAUACAUGUUUCAGAUGUGUUUCACAGAAAUUAUACUUCAUCGGUAUAUAUAUAUAAAAUAUGUGCAGUAUCUUUUUUAUACAUGAUUUUAAGAAUUUUAUUAUUGUAUGCUUUAAACAUAAGAUAUGAUUUUAUUUUAUAAAUACAUCACAGAAAUGUUUAUUUUAUAUUUUGAAGUUAAUUUUAUAUUUUAAAGUUUAUUUGGACACCUGAUUGAGUUUAGUAUUGUACCAGUAAAAGUGUUAACUAGUGUAUUACCGGAAUCGUUUGAUGUAUGUUAUGGAAUGUGAUGAUAGUCAUAUGUACUGUAUCAAUAAGAAAUACAAAUUGACAGUGGCUGUUCCUAAUAAACAUAUUCUAAUAUAA